AUGUUCAGUGUGGAGAUGGAGGAAGGCGGCAAUGUGAUGCAUCAUUGCAAAAACGUUCUCAGCAUCAGUGACAAGCUCAGCAGCAUCGGCGCUAAGAUGGAGGAAGAUGACGUGGCGAGCUGCCUAUUGCGCAGUCUCUCCAAGAGCUAUGGACACGCAGUCUCUCCAAGAGCUAUGGACACGUUGUUAUCAACUUGGAGAUCAUCAGCGCGGAGCUGCGGUCGCAAGACGUUGUGA